AUGGCUGAGAUGGCGGCUGAUGGUGGGCAUGGUGGUGGGAAUCACCCAUUGCGCUGGACAUCUCCAAUGUCUGGGUUCAUGCUACGUCGAUUUGUAGAGCUCAUUGCUAGUGGAGUGAAGACGGAAAAGGGCUUUAAGGAGGUGCAUCUAAACCAAGUGGCUAAGAAUUGUAGUGAGCACUUUGGUCUUUCCAUAACUGGGACCCAAGUGUACAACCACCUCCGCAAGUGGCGUGCUAGGUGGGUGAAGAUAAGUAAGCUCCGAGAUAUUAGUGGGUCGCUUUGGGAUGAUACCAACUAUGUCAUAUCGCUCGAGGAAGAGCACUACCUGGGUCAUAUCAAGAUUUGUACAUAA